GAGAGAGAGAGAGAGAGAGAGAGAGAUUUACUCCACUAUUACACAGUAGGAGAGAAGGAGAAACGGACACAGGAAAGAAAUACCUGGGGCUAUUAUUGAGAAGUAAUAAAGAGCGGAUGGAAUAAAAAGAAAGAUUUGGAUUUAUUUUGCCAUUAAAGAAAUAAAAGAAUAAAGAAUUUUGAGAGAAGAAAAUCAGAACCCUGCGUGCCGGAUAUUUCCUCUAUGUGGAGUUUACACGGACACCGACCAGGAGUUUGUGUUGUUUUUGUCUUGUUUGUGUUUUGUACCUGUAGUGAAGCAGCACAACGCAGACAGCACCUGUAUAACGGAUAUGUGUCCUGCGCGCGCGGGGACCGGGACGCGCUGUGGAACGUGUGGAGACUCCGUGCGCACGCUGGAGCAUCUUUCUGCACGUUAUUAAAAGAACAGAAGAAAAGAAGAGGAAUUAAUAAAUAACUUAAACAGCACGGUGUUAUUGUUUUUUUUUUAAAAUAACUUUUUAGAUUUUUGGGAACGAUGGUGAUUAUUUGUUUAAUGACACUUUUGGCUGGAGCACAUGCGCAGUUGCGCUACACGGUACUGGAGGAGCAGGAGCGUGGCACCGUGGUGGGUAACGUGGCCGAGGACCUGGGGUUAGACGUCACUAAGCUGUCUGCACGCCGUUUUCAGACAGUGCCGGUCCCAAGCUUGCCACGCACAUCUCCAGCUCCGGCACUGCUCGAAGUGGACCUAGAGAGUGGAGCAUUGGUGGUGCGUGAGCGUGUGGACAGAGAGGCGUUGUGUGGUAAGAAUACUCCAUGCCUCUUACACCUGGAGAUGUUUCUUGAGGAGCCGCUUGAGUUGUUUCGUGUAGAGACAGAGGUGCUGGAUGUAAAUGACAAUGCACCACGUUUUCCACAUGCUGACAUUGCUGUAGAGAUCAGUGAGAGCGCAACGCCUGGAACACGCUUCCCAGUAGAUGGUGCCUUCGACCCAGAUGUGGGCACAAACUCACUGAGUGCAUAUGCCAUCACAAGCAACGAGCACUUCCGCCUGGACAUCCAGACGCAGGGUGAUGGGAGCCGGUACGCUGAGCUGGUGCUGGAAAAACCAUUAGAUCGAGAGAAGCAGGCAGUUCACCGAUACGUGCUUACAGCUGUAGAUGGAGGGCAGCCUCAGAGAACUGGAACCGCACUUCUGGUGGUUACUGUGCUGGAUUCAAAUGACAAUCCUCCCAUCUUUGACCAGUCUGUGUACUCGGUCACGUUGCAUGAAAACUCCCCUGUAGGCACACUCAUCAUCCAGCUGAAUGCCACCGAUGCAGACGAGGGAAGUAACGGGGAGGUGGUGUACACACUGAGCAGUCAUAACCCUCCACGCAUACGUGAACUGUUUGCUGUUGAUGCACGCACAGGCCGUGUGGAAAUCAUAGGGGAGGUGGAUUAUGAGGAGAGCAGCACCCAUCAAAUUCACGUCCAGGCCCGAGACAUGGGGCCAAAUGCUGUCCCGGCACAUUGUAAGGUCCUGCUCAAGCUGGUGGAUGUAAACGAUAAUGCACCUGAGAUCGGAUUCAGCACUGUGACGGAGUCUGUGAGUGAACAUGCGACUCCUGGCACUGUUGUUGCAAUGCUCAGCGUCUCUGACAGAGACUCGGGAGAAAAUGGCCGUGUUACCUGUGAACUUCUUGGUGGAUCAGCGAGUGAAGAUGCGCCUCCCUUCAAGCUCAAGCCCUCCUCACUGAAGAACUACUACACCAUGGUGACAGAUGGAGCACUGGACCGUGAACAUGUAGAGUCAUACACCCUUACAGUUGUAGCACGAGAUAACGGCACUCCACCACUGACCACCAGCAAGUCCAUCCGUGUGCGUGUGGCAGAUGAGAAUGACAACGCACCACACUUCGCACAGGCCAUAUAUGAGGUGCACGUGACUGAGAACAACGUGCCUGGGGCAUAUAUCUAUGCUGUGACCGCUAUAGAUGAGGACGCUGGUGAGAACGCACGUGUAACUUAUUCUAUAGAGGAGCGUGAGAUACAGGGAAUGUCUGUGCUCACAUACGUGUCCAUCAAUGCAGAGAAUGGAUACGUUUAUGCACUGCGCAGCUUUGAUCACGAGCAAAUCAAGGAGUUUAGCUUUACAGCUCGUGCAGCAGACUGCGGAACCCCCGAACUUAUGAGCAACGCCACCGUGAGGGUGAUUAUAGUGGACCAGAAUGACAACGCACCAUCUGUGAUUGCUCCACUGGGCAAAAAUGGCACAGCCGCACGUGCCCCCUUGCCCCGUUCGGCGGAACCGGGCUACCUGGUGACACGUGUGAUUUCCACAGAUGCGGACGAUGGUGAAAACGCACGUCUCUCAUACAGCAUUGCACAUGGAAAUGACCUCGGCUUGUUCCGCAUGGACUGGAGAAGUGGUGAAUUACGCACUGCACGGCGAGUGAGUGGCAUGAAAUGGGACUCAUCGAUCCAGUCUCAGUUACACCCACGUGCCUAUGAACUACUGAUCGAGGUGAGGGACCACGGCCAACCACCACUCUCCUGCUCUGCCCGCAUCAGUGUGGUGCUCGUGGAUGGUGCUGUAGUGACCCUGGAUGAGGAAGGGCGGGAGAAGGAGGGUAGAGGAGCACGGGGUGGGGCUCGAGGCUCGGCAAGGUCUGAUGAGGGAGCACCGGAGAUGACGCUAGUCCUCCUUGUGGCUCUUGGCUCUGUAUCAUCUGUUUUUCUACUCGCCAUGAUCGCUCUGGCUGUGCGGUGCCGCCGGAAAGAUAAAAAAUUCAGUGCACUCAUAUGUGUGAAAGGAGACUGCUGCUCCUGCUGUGCAUUGUGUUGUGGCCAGCGGUCACGGGGACGGCAGAAGAAGCUCACCAAGUCAGAUAUUGUGCUGGUUCAGAGCAAGACGGCAGCGCAGGUGCCUGUGGAAGAAUCCGGGACCGGGGGCAGUGGUGGGUUCGGGACACACCUUCAUCAACACCAUCACCACUGCUACCAGGUGUGCCUCACACGUGAGUCUGCCAACACCACCGACCUGAUGUUCCUGCAGCCAUGUUGCAGCCCGUCACGCAGCACCACGGACACAGAGCACAGCAGCGCUGCACGUGGAGCUGCUGCUGUCCUUCUUACUGACCAGCAGCCAGACAUCAUAUCCAACGGCAGUGUCUUAUCUGGAGAGGUAAAACACCAGAGGACAGAACUCAGUUACCUCGAUAGACCACGUCGUGUGAACAGUUCUGUCUUUCAGGAGGACAUUGUGAGCUCUAAAGACAGUGGUCAUGGAGACAGUGAGCAGGGAGAUAGCGACCAUGAUGCUACAAACCGUCUGCACUCCUCUGACCUGUUCUCGAACUGUACAGAUGAGUGUAAAGCUCUCGGACACUCUGACCGUUGCUGGAUGCCCUCAUUUGUCCCUGGUGAUGGUCGCCAUGGUGCUGAUUACCGUAGCAACCUACAUGUCCCAGGAAUGGAUGCAGUGAUGGACGGAGAGCGAGGAAGAGGAUUUCCUAGCACCUUCUGCUCAGACGUCUCCUCAGAAACAUAGUGCGCUCCGGAGUGAAAACUCCACACCUGUGUUUACAAUUUUAUUUUUAUUCUCGUCCUGAGUGAUUUUUAAUUUUCACACCAAAAUUGAAAUGCUGGACUGAAAGCGUGCUCAGCAGGACUGAGGGAACAACGCUUGUCUACAAGUACAGGGAGACAAAACAAAGAAGGACAGAAGGAACAGAGGAACAAUGUGGAGUGAUAAAGAUGGAAAAAAAACAAAAAGGUGGAAAAAAAAGCACCGUUUAACUCUCUGUAAAAUCUGUCUUUCUGUCGGACCACAAAGUGACUAAUCUGAGCCCUUUAGCUCUCUCUCUCUCUCUCUCUCUCUCUCUCUCACACACACAC